AUGAGCCAACCUUCAGAAGAAUUUGCCUCUGUCUCACCCGUUCAAUCGGAGAUAGUAGUAGACACCGAGUUGACCCAGUCAAAGAAACGCCGAGUUACGAAAUCACCCGAUACUGCAUCAUCUUCAGCACACGAAACAAGAAAAUUAGCUCAAGCGUCAAGGACUCUUCGGGCUUGCGAAUUAUGCCGGAAACAAAAGACCCGUUGUUUUAGAUCUCCUGAAUACCCCACGUCAUGUUUACGAUGCCGAUUUCUAAGCAAGACUUGUUCGUUCAAGUUGGAAGAACAGGAGUCAUCAGAGACACCACAUCCAGUCACCAAUAAUGACAAUGACCUGAAACUUGAUUUGAUUUUGGGAAAAGUUAAUGAGUUGUUGCACAUUGUGAAAAAUAGUCAUGUGGGUAAUAACGCACCAGGUGGUGAGGAGCAAUUGAUAAACAAUGAUGCUCGUUUAUUACUAGAAACAGCCAGCUCGAUGCAAAAUCCUCAUCAUCAUGUCAAUUCCAACACUUUAUUGAAUGUUGAGAUCUUGGAACAGUCCAUACCCGAAUUUCAAAGUGCUACUCAGAGUUUGGUAAUAUCACCAUUUUCGAUUAUAAAGAAUCAAAUGAGGAAUGAGCAUUGUCCAACUCCUAUUCAAAAUUUAUAUCAAACAGGAAACAAUUCAACUAUAACAAGACCGAGUAACAUCAUUGAAUUGGGAAUAAUGACAGAAGAAGAAGUGGUUAAUGUGGUUGGCAACUUUAGAAGAAAUUAUGGUCGUUGGGUGUCAUUCCCCAACACUUUGUCUACGGAGCAAUUGGUCAAGGACCUUCAACUGAAAUCACCACUACUUUUAACCACUUGUUGUUGUAUCAGUUACCGCUAUUCUGCUAAUACGGACAGAGACAAUCAACAACGAAUCAUCCAAUUAGUGAAGGUGCUCAUCAAAGAACUUAAUCAUAAUUUUACCAGAUUCACAUCAUUCACCAAUAAUGAUUAUGGCUUGGUUGAAUUUUUCCAAAGUCUUGCCGUGUUGAGUUUAUAUGCAGUGUCAAUAUCAUCAGUCGUGACCGGUAUAGAUCAUGGUGAUCCUGAGUUGGUUGGGUUCAACUUGGACCCUUGGCAGUUGUCAAGUAUUGGUAUCACCACUUUUCUCACUAAAUCAACAUUCCAAUUAUUCAAGACAAAGAGAAACACUACUGAUGAUGGGUAUGAAACAUUGACAAUACUACGUAUAUACAAUCACUUGUGUUUGGUGCACCUCAUCAAUUGCAUUUUCUCGGGGAGAAUUUGUAUCUUGGAUGAUGCGAGAAUUCGUUAUUGUACAUCGGCAUUGACAUUGUUCAAUGCCACCAAUUUCGAUGGCCGCAUGGUCGCGGAGAUCAAUAUUCUUCAUAUAACUUAUAAAUAUCUUCAAAGGAAUGACGAUGUUAAUACACCGCAAAGUUUAUAUGAUUUCCAUUUCAAUGAUGUCAUUAAAGAAGUUCAAAAUUGGUUUCAGAAUUGGGAUUAUUUAAUUCAACAACCAGCAUUGCAAUUUGCCGAGUUCAACUACCAUUUUUGUUCAAUUUUGAUCCAUCUUGCCUAUAGUUUUGAAAAAUUGCAACUGGCAGGCAAUGGUGGUGGUGAGGGUGACUUGAAUGUAUUUCUUCAACAAAAUAUUUUGGAUCCAAUUUUGAAGCAGUGUCAGCAGCAAAAUUUGCUAGCAAUGUAUCAGCAUACAAGGGCAGUCCUCGAUCAUGUGAAGCAAAUCACCAGUGAGUCAUACUUUGCUUACUUGUCAGAUCAAAUUCACUUUUGCUUCUAUUUUAGUGGGGUACUUUUAUCUAGAAUUAUACACGUUGCUAUGACUAGUAACCUAUCUCAUAUUGAAGAGUUCAAGGACAUUAAUACCAAAAGGGGACUAACUCGCCAGUUGCAGCCCAUUGUCAAUUUGACGAAAAAAAUUGAUGGUUUUUUAUCAACUUCUGAUCCAAUUAUACUAGCAAAGUAUAAUGCAGGUUUGAGACAUUGCAUUGAUGAAGUAUUAAAUACCUAG